ACGGUGCAGAGAGAGAGAGGGGGAGAGAGAGAGAGAGAGAGAGAGAGACACACAAGAAGGAAGCCAGAAGACUUGACAUGGCAGAUGUUUGCUUAGAGACAUACUUGUAGAUGUUCUGAGGUUCUCCUUUGGAAAAGCGAGGGUCCGAACUCUCCUGAUAUACCAGGACCUUCAGGACCAGACCCCUUGCUGAUGCGUGAAGGUUCUCAGGAGUGCUGGUAAUGGUGGUCUCCCAUUGGCUGGUUUCUCCCGCGUUGCUAGUGCAGCUGCCGGUCGUUGCCUUCUCCCUGGUCUUCAUGGCGAUGCUUUGCUUAAGAUGCAGAGACAGGCGUCCGCUGGUGAUCCACCAGGGGGCACUUUCUGAUGAUUAUGUACAGCAGAACACCUUCAGAGUCAUCCACCAAUACCAAAACUCAACCGGAGCCGGCGGUAUCUCCUCCCCCCUCUUUCCAAGUUCUCCUGUGGUUCCAGAGCGACGGCCAUCUUUCACGCCAACAGAAAACGAGAGCAUUCCAAGUUACAUCACUCCAGUAGAAGAACAGGAUCCAUUUCAAGAUGACUACAUCGAGGUCUUGGAAGACCCACCUUGUGACGGACCCGGUGUGGAAACUCAGAGCGUGGACUCAGGAUCAGCGACCGAGGGGGACUAUGUGAACUGGGACAAGGAGAACCAGGAGAACCAGGAGAACCAUGACCUUAGCGAGGAUGACUCAGCAGACAACUACAUCAACGUGCCUCUGCGGAACUCAGACCAAAACUCCACCGGAGCCGGCGGUAUCCCCUCCCCCUUCUUUCCAAGUUCUCCUGUGGUUCCAGAGCGACGGCCAUCUUUCAUGCCAACAGAAAACGCAAGUACGGAUAGCGACUAUGACAACGACGAAGGGGACUACGUCAACCAGCCGGUGUUUGACAUCCAGCAUUCAAUCUGAUUGGACGAAGCCUAUUGACACAGAAGAGGGUCACAUAUUCUAUUUGAUGAAUAUGUGAGAGUCUCGUGUCUCUGCUGGGGAAGAGAUAAAUGACAAUAUGGAUGUCUGCAGUUGUUUUUAGAGUUGGUGUGGAAAGAUACAGGCUCUGUCUAAAUGCUGGAUCAGUCUGCUGUUCAUAAGGAAUGGAAAUACAUUUAGUGCCCCCCCCCACACACACACACACUCACACACACAGUAAAGCGCUUUGGGUAUCUUGAAUAGCGCUAUAAAACUGCAAUUAAUAUUUGUUCACCUUGUGCUAAGACAGCAUUUACCCAUUCAUGUCCAAAUCCAACCCUAGCGGUUCAACAGAUGCAAUUGCAUGCGUCACUCUGCUAUGAUUGGCUGUUGGGAAGUGACUCUGCUGUGAUUGGUCGAUUUGUUAAUGCUUUAUUGUGGACCUGCUGACUCUCCUGAGAAUGUUUAGAGUUGAACCUGUUGUAUUUAUAUGUUGUGAGCACUGUAGAUCCCUAGCUGCAAGGCCUUCUUUCCUGACAAUUAAACUCCCCAAACCA